AUGUCUGACUCUAUACUCUUUCAACCGCUCAAAGUCGGGAGCGUCGAGCUGAAGCACCGUGUCGUCUUGGCACCAUUGACCAGAUGCAGAGCCACACCAUCAAAUGGGUACUAUGUCCCGAACGACCUGCUUGUGGAAUACUAUUCUCAAAGGGCAACUUCAGGAGGUCUUCUGAUUUCGGAAGCAAGCCCAAUCUCUAUCACCGCUUGUGGGUUCGCUGGUGUUCCUGGUAUCUGGGCCGAAGACCAAAUUGCGGGAUGGAAAAAGGUCACCGAUGCCGUUCAUGCUAAGGGUGGAUACAUCAGUUGCCAACUGUGGCACGUUGGUAGAGCAGCAACCGCCCUUGAUAUACAAGGAGUGCAGCCUCUCUCUUCUACUUCGAAGCCUUUGGAAGGCGCUAGUGCAAGCACUGGGAUGCUGUACAAAGAUUUCCCUCCAAGGAAGAUGGUCGGAGAUGAUUUCACAAACGUUAUCAACGACUUCGUCCAAGCAUCCAAGAAUGCUAUUGCUGCCGGCUUUGAUUUUGUUGAGGUCCACUCGGCUAAUGGAUAUCUGUUGGAUCAGUUUUUGAUGGAUAAUAUUAACACACGCGAUGAUGAGUACGGUGGAAGCAUCGAGAAGCGGGCCAAAUUCCCGUUGCAGGUGAUCAAGGCCGUUGUUGAAGCUGUUGGUGCUGAGAAAGUUGGUGUUCGUUUCAGCCCCUACGGAAACUUCCAGGACUGUUAUGAUUCUGAUCCUAACGCACACUGGUCGUACGUCUGCGAACAACUCGUCAAAUUCUCUAGUCCAAUUGCAUAUGUUCACAUGGUUGACCCUAGAAGUGACUUUGUUGUUCCAGAGGCUGAGAAGCUAAAGAACCUGGAGAGACAAGUUUCAAUCAAACAGCAAUUUAGUUUGAAGAUCUUUAGAGAUAUCUUGAAACCUUCCGGUACCAAGUUCAUUGCCGCAGGCGCGAUCGAUAGAGAAAGAGCUUUGUCCUACACUAAGGAUGACGUUGCUGAUAUGAUUGCAUUUGGUCGUUAUUUCAUCUCGAACCCAGACUUGGUCGAGAGAUUGAGACACAACUGGCCGCUGACUCACUAUGACAGAAACACCUUUUACUGGGCACCAGAUCCGGCACACGGAUACACCGAUUAUGAGUUUUAUAAGAGCACAUAA